AGGUUAGUAGAUCAGUCGACUUACUCAACUUCCAUCGUCCACCAGUGAAUUAAAUCAGUCUUUCGUGAACGGUGCAGGGGGAAUGAAGUGAAAAUUGUGGGAGACGUGAUUUUUGUGUACAGUUUGAAGCGAAAUCGGAUUGAUCAUGAGUUCUGGAAGUGAAUGCAACGGUGUAAAGACAAAUGGAUAUCUCAACGGUAGCGGUCAGCCAGAAGACCUAAAAAUAGCCAUUAUCGGGCAGAGUAAUUUCGCAGCCGAAGUGCUGGAAGUUCUGUUGGAGCAUCACCACAUGGUGGUCGGAGUGUUCACCAUUGCCGACAAGGGAAGUCGGGAGGACAUUCUCGCCACAACCGCUCGGCAGCUGAACAUUCCGGUUUUCAAGAUUUCGGCAUGGCGUCGCAAGGGCGUUCCCAUUCCGGAAGUGCUGGAGAAGUACCGGUCGGUUGGCGCUAAUUUGAACGUGUUGCCGUUCUGUAGUCAGUUUAUUCCUAUGGAGGUGAUCGAUGGGGCGAAGUUCGGAAGCAUUUGCUACCAUCCGUCGAUAUUGCCCAGACACCGUGGUGCGAGUGCCAUCUCGUGGACUUUGAUCGAAGGCGACGAUACGGCUGGGUUCUCGAUCUUCUGGGCCGACGAUGGGCUGGAUACGGGACCGAUUCUGCUGCAGAGGCAGUGUCCGGUGUUGGGAGACGAUACGCUGGAUACGUUGUACAAGCGAUUCUUGUACCCGGAAGGAGUCACGGCCAUGCUGGAAGCUGUGGAUAUGAUUGCGGACGGAACGGCACCGAAGAUUACGCAGACGGAGAUCGGUGCAACGUACGACCCGGCGCUGUUCCGAGAAGAGAAUCAGUUUAUCAACUUGAAUCAAUCGGCGAAGAGGAUUUUCAAUUUUAUUAGGGGAUUGGACUCGGUACCUGGGGCACUGGCGGUGAUCGUUGCGGAGGAUGGAAGUGAAUGUCCCGUACGGUUGCAUGGAGCAUCGCUAUGUGGGCCGGCGGUGUUGGCUAACGCGAAACCUUUGAAAUUCAAGGGAUCUGCAGGUCCAGCUUAUGUGGAUCGGGAAGGAAUUUUUAUCAUUGGGUCCGAUGGGCAGUUAGUGAAAGUUAAACGUGUGAAGAAAGGAAGUAAGAUGAUUCAGGCUAGUCAAUGGUUCGCCCAAGUCGGGAAAAAAGUUGUUCCAUUGGAGUUAAACGAACGAGAAGUGGAGAUGGAAGAGAUUAUAAAGGGCAUUUGGAAGUCUAUUUUGAAGGUUGAGAUCGAAGCUGAAACGGACUUCUUCGCUUGUGGGGCAGGUUCGAUGGACGUCGUUCGCUUGGUGGAAGAAGUCAAAGAUGCACUGGAGAUCCCGCUAGAGAAUGAAAACCUAUUCAUGGCUCCUAGCUUCCAGGAAUUCUUGAAUGAAGUUAUAAGCCGAACAAGGAAUGGCGCAAACCAGGAAAGUUCUGGGCCAGAUUAUGAAUCCGUAGUGUUGAGAGAGAAUAAGAAGACCAUUUCCGUUCCAGUGCAGAUGUUUGUAAACGGACGGUUUAUUGACGCAGAGAACAAAAAGACCCUAGAUAUUAUCAAUCCUACUACGGAGCAAGUAAUCUGUAGAGUUGCAGCUGCUUCCGCUUCAGAUGUAGACUACGCCAUAAGAUGCGCUCAUGAUGCCUUUAAGGGCGUUUGGAGUCAGGUGUCUGCCAGAGAGCGUGGACAAAUGAUGUACAAACUGGCUGACCUUAUGGAACAGUACAAGGAAGAGCUGGCAACCAUAGAAUCCGUUGACUCAGGAGCAGUAUACACGUUGGCUCUGAAAACUCACGUUGGUAUGUCCAUCGAUGCAUGGCGAUAUUACGCUGGCUGGACGGACAAAAUCGAAGGGUCAACAAUUCCCGUAAAUCCAGCUAAACCGAACAACGUACUUACCUUCACCAAGCGAGAACCCAUUGGAGUCUGUGGGUUGAUCACCCCUUGGAAUUAUCCUCUCAUGAUGCUCUCGUGGAAAAUGGCUGCCUGUAUUGCCGCUGGCAACACUGUAGUAAUCAAACCUGCGCAGGUUUGUCCCCUGACUGCCUUGAAGUUUGCGGAACUCUCGGUGAAAGCUGGAUUCCCACCAGGUGUAAUCAACGUAGUUACCGGAGCCGGAUCAAUCACGGGUCAAGCCAUUUCCGAGCACCCCUUGGUACGAAAGCUUGGCUUCACUGGAUCAACACCCAUUGGAAAGAAAAUUAUGGCGUCAUGUGCUGAAUCGAACAUCAAGAAGUGUUCAAUGGAGCUGGGUGGAAAGAGUCCGCUGAUAAUUUUCGCUGAUUGUGACAUGGACAAAGCCGUUCGAUUGGGAAUGUCCUCUGUGUUCUUCAACAAAGGUGAAAACUGUAUAGCUGCUGGACGGCUUUUUGUGGAGGAUAAGAUUCACGACGAAUUCGUGCGAAAGGUAGUGAAAAACAUCAAGACUAUGGCGAUUGGUGACCCACUGAAUAGAGGAACGGCUCACGGUCCACAAAACCACAAAUCUCACAUGGACAAGUUGAUGGAGUAUUGCGAGAUUGGAGUUAAGGAAGGAGCGAAACUCGUCUAUGGAGGUAAACGAGUGCCAAACAUGAAAGGGUGGUUCUUCGAGCCGACUGUGUUCACCAAUGUUCAGGAUCACAUGUUCAUCGCCAAGGAGGAAUCCUUCGGACCUAUCAUGGUCAUUUCGAAGUUCCACAGUAGUGACUUUGAUGCGUUGGUUCAGAGGGCAAAUGCUACGGAAUACGGACUGGCAAGCGGAGUAUUCACCAAAGAUAUCCGGAAAGCUAUGCUGUUUGCGGAUAAAGUUGAGGCUGGAACCGUCUUUGUCAACACGUAUAACAAGACAGACGUUGCUGCUCCUUUUGGAGGGUUUAAACAGAGCGGCUUUGGAAAGGACCUAGGUCAAGAAGCUCUGAACGAAUACCUUAAAACCAAAUGUGUGACCAUUGAGUAUUGAUGAACAAUUUUCAAGGCAGGCCUUCUCAACAGGGAGAAACAAGUUUUUCCGCAAUUCAUCAUAAAACGUGUGCAUUUAUUACAUUAAGGCGCUACUUUGUGACAAAAUAAACACU